UUUAGGCCGAGCCGCAUUAACCGCAAUACUUACUGCUUUCGAGUCCAGCCAUUUUUCAGGGCAGUUGGGUUCAGCAAAAGAGGAGGCGGGGAAUAGUAUGAUAAAAUAUCAACAAUUGGUAUUCCCGCUCUGUACACAAAUACAGCUUGGAGUGAUUGCCCAGUUCGGAUUUCAGCCUAACGGUGAGGGAAUUAUUCAGUUCAAUCAAUUAAUCAAACUUCUGGAGAGAGAAGAUCAAGAGAUUGCUCGGCUUGCAGUUCUUGUGAAGAACAACUUUAUUCCUCCUCUAUGCCUUCCUUCCAUCAACUCCCAGCAACCGAGAUAAACACAUAAAACAAGUUUUUCAAAUUUAGAAUCAUGAGUUCCUGGAUUCCAAACAUUCACAUUCCUGGAAUACUAAAAAGAUCUCACUCCGACGCUGUUAUGUUAACGAGUAGACCAAGUAUUCAACAGAAAGCAAGUUUAGAUCUUGAUUGUAUUCCCGAGGUUGAGGGAGAAUCCGAGGUUCUACUUCUAGAUGAGAUUAAAUACCUCUCUGGGUCCCUACCUCCUAGAAUACUUGGAGCAGACUGGAGGCUGGUGUAUUCAACCUCGUCCAAGGGAUUCAGUCUCGGCAAUGUUUAUCGGUCAUUCCAGGGAAAAACUGGACCUACUCUUGUAUCAAUUCAAGAUACAGCUGGAGCUGCUUUCGGGGCCCUAAUUUCAGAACCAAUCAAAAUGGAUGAACACUUCUAUGGAACAGGAGAGAGUUUCCUGUUUUCUGUUCGCCCGAACAGGAAAAUAUAUAAGUGGACAGGAGAAAACCAACUCUUCGUUCAGGGAACUUCUCAAAGUUUGAUAAUCGGAGCAGGAGAAGGACAUUUUGGCCUUUUCAUUGACAGCAAUCUGUACAAGGGUCGAACACAGGCCUGUGCUACUUAUGGAAACGAACCUCUGAGGACUGGGGAAGAUUUUCUGAUUAAAACCUUCGAGUGUUGGACUUUUCGCUGAUUUUGAGCUCUUCUUUGUCGCCAUCUGGUCAAUCCGCCAUCUUGAAAAGUUCCCUUGAUAAUACACAGAACUAAAAACAGGGUUUAUUUUUCUCACUUGGAUUGCUUAAAGAAUUCGCUGCUCGUAAAAUUUGUAAACAUUUUUUUAUUUAAAAAAAAAUGUAAAAAAGAAGAACUGCGUAAAGGGUCUAUUGUCGUAUUUUAAAUCAAGCCUUCAUUUAAUGAAUAUUGUCUUGUCCGAUUCUCAAUGGUGAUGUGAAAGAUAUUUUCGUUUUUCUAGCGUAAACAUUGUUUAAUGCAGACAAUUUUCUGCAUUGUUCUGAGGCGGAAAACAUAAAGUCACUUUUAUUGAGAAGCCAUAAUUAUAAAAAUAACCCUGUGUCCGAAUUUAAUGAAUUCAAGCCGCAUCUCAAAUUCCUCCAAACCGGUUUUAAUGGAGCGCCAGCUUAAAUCUUGAAAAAUUGAAUUCAAUUCUAUGUGGAACCAACCAUAGUUGAGCCGCGGCUCAAAUUCUUUGAAUUCGGCCUCUGGAUUUCCAACUAAUUUUGGUUCAGAGCAUUCUUUUAAUGGUGCUGUUUUGAAUCCGACAUGCCACGUAAUAAAUUGAGUCAUUUAUGUUAAACGCUUGAAUGCAACCGAUUGAAUUUGAGCAAAUAAUCCUGUAUUGUAAAGUUUCCCGCGCAUUUCUAAGAUAUUUACAAUCAAACUAUCAAGUCCAAAACUACUAAUAGAAAAUAUGAAUAUCUAUUUAAUCAACGAAUUUUAUACUAAGUGUUUGAUGCACCAUGUUUAACAUGUUGUAACAUGGUGUCUAAUAGAAACAUGGGAAUCAAUGUGUGUUUAAAUAUCAAUGGAAAUCUAAGACGUUUGAAUUGAAGAAAUGAAUCUCUAAAAUUUGAACAAGAUUUUUUGAAAACAUUGUCGAUAUUGGAUAAAUAUAAAUCAGAGCAUGCCCUGCUUAACUCUUUAAAUCUUUGUCGGAUCAAUAAUAAGGAAGAUAUCGUUAUUUUUCGUACUUGAGAAUAGUAAUUAGUUCUAACAAUUUCCGCCAUCGUCUGAUAAAGCAGAAAUUUGCACAUCACGCUGUAGAGAAAUUGCAAUUUAAAACGACGAUGGGUACCCUUGUUAAUCGAACCUGCUACUCUAUUGAUUAAGAGUGACUGGACAGUCCUUUAAUCUUAUCAAUUGAUUCCUUACAAUUAGGCACCACUUGUAACCUAAUGUUUGAUCAAUUUUGUUUCUAGUACAGGGUUACCCAGAAAGAAUAAGACUGUAAAGACGACUUUAAACUCUUGAAAUAUGUCGAUCCCAAGUUUAAAUUAAAUCUUCUGCCUUGGCUUUGGUCUUUAAAUGGUUUACCCAAUUAUUGGCAAAGAAAAAAGUUUAUAGUUGAAGGUUUUUAUGAAGGUAAAAUUGUAUAAAUUCCGUACAUUCGUCUCGAAAUGUUCUCAACCUAUGUUGCGAACCCUGUAAGUCUAGUCAUUAGUUAUUUGUUAUAGAGAUAGAGCAAACUGUUUGCUUGUUAUUUGUAUAUAUUAUUGUAUUGUACUAAGUACAUAGUAUACCACGCAAUUAAUCAAUUGAAAGAUUUAAAAACUGAAAUUGUAUUUAAGAUAACGGGAUGUUUAGAGAUGAUAAUUUUCUGCUAAGAUAUAAAAUAAUGCCGUUUUUGGGUCACAGAAGUCUCUAAUUAUCUGACAAAAAAUGUUUUUCACUAUGUUCGGAAAAUAUUUCUAUAUCCAAUAUUCUUUGCAGAAACAUCAAUAUUGACAUUGAAUUUUACCGAUGGAAAUGUAAAUUUUAUGAGUUUCUAUUAUAGACUGUUGUAAUAUUUGGUUUUUAUCUGUAAACUCAUAGUUCCCAAAUUGAUUUUAUAUCAGAUAAUUCUAAUGAUUUAAUAGCGAUGAGCAAGCAAUCAAAGAAAAUCUAUUGUAAGAAUUUAUUUUAAGAUUUGAAAUCUUUGUUUUACAAUCAUGCAUAAAGUUUUUUAAGGCGAUGGAAUUUGUAUGUGCUUAUUGAAAGAGACUGGGGUUUUAUGAAAUUUAAAAAAUAUUUUAGAAUUAAUUAGGAUUUUGAUCUAUUCGAGUCCUGGUUGACAUCUCUCCUUUCUGUGAUUUAACUGGUUUUAAAUAUUUUACAGUUUUUAUUACUGAUUUUAUAUUAUAUGUAGAAAAUACAUCUAUUUUGUAACUAAGUUUCGUAGAAACGCAUCGUAAGAAAUAAUGUUUUUAAUCAAACAAAUGUACUCAAUUUGAAGUAAAAUUGUUGUCUCUCUUAACUGAUUUAAAAUAAGUUCCUUUCGUAAAAUACUAUAAUGAAAAAUUAUCUCUUCUUCCCAUCGUUAUUUGGACGGGUUUUCAGCAUAAUAUAUGUCGUCAAUAAAAUAGCUUUAAGUAGGUUUACGUUGAUUAAACAUAAAUCCAAAUAUUAUUAAAAUUUUAUAAUUAAUAUAUUUACUAACUCAACCCUCCAGUGAUCUGAUAAUUGUGAUAUUUUUUACCCAGUUUUAAAUGAUUUAACUUUAAGUUACAGACAUGUAAGAAAAGGCUACGAAUUAAAUUAUUUAUUACUUACUCUUUUAAGUUCAAAUUAAGCGCCAUUGCACUAAAGGAAAACAUUUUUAAGGGGUCGGAAAGUAAAAAAAUAUUUUUCCCUGCAUUACAUAGCUUAUAAUUGAUAAAAAUUUAAAAAUACGGAAUUUUUAAAAUCCCCCAAUAAAGCUUGAAUAAUCCAUAACCUCAAAUCUAAAUCAACAUCUUCCAUGUUUGGUAACUAACAAUUUUACAGA